GACGGUCGAGAGCCCCCCUGGUUCGGAAGCGACUCUUGUAAACGGCAACUUCCGGUGGAAGGACCCGAGCGAUGGCUUCUAUUCGGAGUUGAUCCCAAAAAAACAGCACGGCAGAACUACCAACCGGGGAACCGAAUGCCGGGAGCGUUGCGAACACGCCCCGCGACUUCCCGCUUGCUGCCGGCGGGUGGUUUGCGAAAAGCGAAAAUGCAUCGUCCCCGAUCGGUUUCUCGUUGCCAGGUCCGGAACAAACACAACACAAACCCCCGAAUGCCGGCACAACGCACCCCUUCCACUAGCAGUGUGCUUGCAACAGACAUCAAACAGAACCCGCAUCGCCGACACAAUCCCCGUUCUUGUCGACCGCCACCCGCGAACCGAAUGCUUGCAGCGCGGUGCAGCAAGGCCCAAACGAAAACAAAAACGAACGCCUUUCCGGGGAUGCAUGGACAAGACUGCAUGCAUCGUUUCCGUGCCCUCCUUUGCGAUUAUGGUUGGCUCCUCUCUAUGCAUGUCUUCCAUUCCUUCUUUGAUUUGUCCGUUGCCGAACGUCCCGCCUAAGAAAAAUACUAGUAAUACGGUGAGUGGUUCACCGGCUAAUAGAAUGUUGUAGGGAAGGUUGUCGGCCGGCGAAUCGUCGCCAUCCUCGUCAAUGGUGUCCUAGUCGACGCUAUCGUUAUUACCAACGCUGUCGUCUUCCGAAAAGUUUAGCUCGGACAGAAUGUGGGCAAUGGUCAGGCCGUGGUUACUGUAGUAACUCUCGUCAUAGAAAUCGUCAGAACGCCCCUCUUCUUCAUCGAAAGUCUUGGCUUCUUUCUUGGCUUCGAGACUCAGUCCAUAGGCAUACUGGUGGUUCUCCCAUAAGAAAUUCUUUAUGCCCGAAGCGAUCACUAAAUCAUAGUCAAUCCGCUCCAUGAUGCUUCUUGCCUGGAGCGAGUCCCGGAAAAUCAGUGGCUCCUCAUAUUCGAUGUCGUAGUAAUGACGGAUGCAGUAUGUUUUCAUAUCGCUGGGGCGGAGAAGGUUUACCAUCCAACCGAUACAACCUUUGAGACGCCAAGUCCACCACUCAUCCUCGAAGAGUUCAUGGAAGUCCCAUUUCUCCGACAGCAUGCACGACAGCAGGCAAUUGAAGUUAGUCAUCUCCGCAAGCCGUAUGCGAACCUUACCUUCUGUGAAAAAGGGUCUGAGUCUUUCCCCGGUAAUGGAGAAUCCAAGGCUGCACCAAGAGAAGUUGACAUUGCCAAACAUCACGAGAUCAUGCUCAUCGUGGCUCGGGGGGAGAAGGGGGUGAAAGGCGGCGCGAGGUGGCUUGGGCAUCUCUUUGUACCCCAUGCGGCGCACGAGGCACCGGUACCCCAGAUCGUCGGCGAUUUGUUUGGGAACGGUGAAUGCAAAUCCAAAGCUGCGGUGCUUCUGGUGGUACACCGGGGCCCAGACGGAGUCGUCAAGGACAGCGGCCUUCAUGCCUCUGCUGGUUUGCGCCAGCCGCCCGAGUUCCGCGAUGCCAAGGAAGCCACUGCCGACCAGGGUGGGGAGGAGAGAUCCGAGAAGAAGGAUGCGGGGCCCGUCGUUCUCUUGAUGGGAUGCUUCCCGCCGUUGCUUCUUUCGUGGCUUCUGGUCGGACAUGUUUCGGGAUCCGAAUUCGGUGGAGGAUACGGAUUCUGCAGCGGGGAACMAGAUCUGGAUCUGCUGGUAUACACGGAUUCGGUUGGGGAACCGUACAGUAACGCUUGGGAUGAUCGUUUGCUUGUGGAUGGAACUCGCGUUGGUUCUGUUCGACGAUGAGUUCGAUCUAUUUCAAAAAAGAAAAAAGAUCCUUUUUUUCAAAUUGACACUGUAGGUACGUACAUACGUAUGAUACAUACGAUUAUAAUUAUAACGGCUUCUUAAUUUCCAGUAGCACUGGUUGUGAGGCAGUAAACCACACGGCAAUCA